CUGUACGCUACCCGGUAUCCACAGCCAAAUAACGACUGUCGAUAAGAAGCAAAUAACGCAAUGAAUUAACAGUUAGCCGAUUCAGAGAUGUAACUGCACUGAGAGAAUGACGACGAAAACUAAAUUGGACACAGACUGGAUCCAUGCUUUAGUUAGGAGUGUCCACGAUGGACUGCGCCGACCAGUUACAGAACCUCUGAGAUUUUCCUCAAUAAACGGAGAGUAUCUCUAUUUCCAUUAUGGUUGUGAUGGGCAGGAUGACCGGGGCUGGGGAUGCGGCUAUCGUACUGUUCAGACGAUUGCCUCCUGGCUGUGCCACAACUGGUCUCCAGCCAAAGGCCAGUGCAAGCCCCCACCGAGCCUCCCCGAGAUCCAACAAGCCUUGGUCUCCAUGGGGGACAAAUCAGCCUCUUUUUCACAUUCAAGGGAAUGGAUAGGAACAUUUGAGGCGUCGCUGGCCCUUGACUACUUCUAUGACCUUCCUUGUAAGGUGGUACAUGUAAGGGGCGGAGGGGCAGAACUGGAGCAGGUGGCGGUGGAAGAGCUCCAUCAACACUUCCAGAGGCAUGGGUCUCCUGUCAUGAUGGGAGGGGACAGGGACAACGGCUCUAAGGGGAUACUAGGGGUAUGCACAGGGGAAAGUGGGAGCUUUCUGCUAGUUGUUGACCCUCACUACUUCGGACUUCCCCUGGAAAAGGCAGUGCUGCAGAAGCAAGGAUGGGUGGCAUGGAAAAGAGUAUCAUCCCUGGAUCAGUGUUCAUUUUACAAUUUAUGCCUGCCUCAGACUGCAGAUUAUGGGAUUAUGAACCAGCCUCCUUGAUAACAGCUGUCAAAACCUCUUUGUUCUUUUUUGUUUUGUUUACAUAAACAAAAUAAUCCCUGUUUUGAAUCUCCAGAUGAGUUUUCUAUAAUCUGAAAGUGAUUUGGCUAAUGUGUCAUUCCCUGGUCUUGCUUGCUGUCCCCACAUCAAGGAAUGUGACAGUGUUUGAUAUUGAUAUUGCUUUGAACAGAGCUGCACUACCAUCUUGUGGUUGGAAUGGUUAUUGAUAAUUUGAGGCGAUUCAAUAAAUUCUUGU